AUGUCGUCCCAGCGCGAAGCCUACACCUUGCCCACCCAGUCCGGCGGUUUCAACCAGUUUGCCACAAGCUACGCUGCUGGAGAUGCCUCAGGUGGCCCAACGGUUCAAUAUGUCUGUGGUGAAUGUGCCGCAAAAGUCAGUCUAGGAAGAGGCGACGCCAUCAGAUGCAGCAUGUGCGGUCACAGAGUGCUCUACAAGGAGAGAACCAAGCGCAUGGUCCAGUUCGAAGCGCGAUGA